CCUCUGUGUAGGCACUACCAUAUAGGCAGGAAUAUUCAGCAUAUGAAAGCCAGCCGUCUUCCUACUAUUUCCUUCAGAGUUGUCUGAUCUUGCCAUCACACUAGUCACAGACAAUGCGUCUCUUCUCUGCAAUUGUCCUCGUUGUCGUCGCUGCUUUAGCAUCAUCAAUCUCUGCCACUCCCUUUGACGAAGAAAGUUGUCCCUGGGGCUCUUGCGAGACUACUGCAGAUUGCAUCUGCCCUUGGCUUCGUUGCGCAAGUAUCACUAGUUUUCCUGUAUUUAAUCGUAUGAUUCACCUGCAUGACAGCACAGGCAAUCAUGCCAAAAGUAAGGAUAUGAUAUCCUCUCGCGCUAGCCACGACUUCAGAAUAAGACGCAACAUCAGCGGGAUGUAUUGCGCUUCAGAGUGCUACGAAGCACUCCGUAGCAAAUUAUGUUUCCCUGAUAAAGUCGUGCUCGUGAUUCGUCGAUGCGAAGAUCUUUACUCUUCGCAUCCGAGAGAUACAAAUACAUCCUUCUACUAGCACUCUUUUUCCUUCGUACAGUUGUACUUGAAGUUCCAUUUUUCUUAUCAUUCGAACCCCGAGCCACUCAUUACCGACUUACGAUGGUAAGAAGUGCUGUAACAA